GUGACGUUCUGACUGACAGCUGGGUUUGGCUGCAGAUAACGGAGCACAGCUUCAUCUCUACGCAUUUUCUGCUUCUGCUCCUCAAAGCAGCUGCCGGAUCACGAAAAACCCCGACAGGAGGAUCCGAACCGAGCCGAACCUGACCGCUCUGAACCGAACCGGACCGGUCUGAACCCGGGCCAGAACACAGGGACAGAGGGCCGCAUCAGACCGGAGUCUUCCUCACCGAGUCCCUGGAGUUUUGAAGGUCCACUUCAGUCCUUUGGGAGGGUCUGGUCCAGGAUCAGUGAUGGCUCUUUAGGUUUGUGGACGUCCACCAUGUCUCCAUCAGCUCUGGUGGUCUUUGUCUCGGUCCUGCUGCUUCCUGCAGGUUCAGGUUUUCAGUCAAAUGAUCAAGAGAGACUCUGUGCCUUCACCAACAGCCUUCAGGGGGCGGAGCCUGUCUCCACCAAUGAGCUGCGAGGAGAGGUGCUGGAGAACGUCACGAUUCGCUGCAGCCGUGGCUCCAGCUGCUAUGCAUUGUGGGAAAAACGAGCAGAUGGGGUGAUGCGACUGCUGAAACAAGCUGAUUGGUCGAGGUCGUUACGGCGCCGUGUUCCGUGGAACUCUYAAUGGGUGCUGUGUGGCUGUUAAGGUCUUCAGCUCAGCUAACGGGCAGAACUUCCUCAACGAARGUUCCAUCUACAGCCUGCCGCUGCUCCGGCAGCACGACAACAUCGCCCGCUUCCUGAGUGCCGAUGAAAGGACCACCGCUGACGGACGAGCAGAGUUCUUCAUCCUGAUGGACUUCUACCAKCAUGGCAACCUGUCUCGGUAUCUGACUGUCCACACUGUGGACUGGUUGACCUGCUGCAGGAUGACCCAUGGUGUGACCCGAGGACUGUCCUUCCUGCACUCUGAACUCAACAGAGGAGACCAGUACAAACCAGCUGUAGCACACAGAGACCUGACCAGCAGGAACGUUCUGGUCCGUGCCGACCUGUCCUGUGUCCUCGCAGACUUUGGACUGUCCAUGAAGCUCACAGGAACCAGGUCCAGUCAKUCUGGAGACGAGGACACCAUGACCAUCUCUGAUGUGGGGACGGUCCGGUACAUGGCUCCAGAGGUUCUGGGUGGAGCUCUGAACCUGAGAGACUGUGAGUCUGCUCUGAAACAAGUCGACGUCUACGCUUUGGGUCUGCUGUUCUGGGAGAGCUUCAGGAGGUGCUCUGACCU